UAUGAGAUGUUAGUUGGAUUUAGUUAGGAUAUUGUGUCUUGAGAAGAUAGUCAAAGAUGUUUGGUGGAUUAUGAGAUUUUAGGUCUAAUAGAUGAGCAUGGUGAUUAUUAUUUUUGUGGAAAUGAAUCUUUAAUAAAUUUGGAACAAUUUGGAUUUAGUUAGCCGACUGUGAUCUUUAACCAAAUUUUAUGGUGGAUUAUGAGAUUUAGUUUGGCUCCGCUCUGCCUCUUCCUCAAGGAGCAUGUGUAGUCCAGUGGUGCGGCGGCUCGUGCGGCGUGCGGUGGCCUUAGAAGAUGGGCGCCGACACCUGCUGCUUGUGCACAAUGGUGACUCCACGCAUCUCCUGCGCCCCACAACCCUCUCCUUCCCGGCACAGGAGGAGCAGGAGCAAGGAUGCCGAGGCGUUUCAGGGAGCUUUGGAUGGUGGUCUUGGUAUUCCACACAGUGACAAGAGAUUUGCUGGCUUCAAGAAGGAUAAGAAGCAGCCGGGCGCUGAGAUUCACCGCAAAUACAUCUAUGAAGGUCAUGUUGCUGACUACAUGAAGGUGAGUUGGAUCCAUUGCCCUCGUGGUAUUAUAAUGCCAUUUCUUCAUUCCCUAGGGCUGUCGUUGUUGUAUACAUGAAUUCUUUCUGGAAGAUAUAUCUGGGCCCGAUUCACCCAUAUAAAGUAUCCUAAAGCAAGUGUACUUUCUUCUUAUUUCUGAAGCAGCUUACUGAAUCUCGUUUUAACUUCUGCCCUACCCAUAUUUCAGUCAAUAGCUGAUGAG